AUGCCUCGUACGACACAUAAGGAAGUUCGACCAUUUCAUGGAAUGGGAAGCAAUGAUACAAGCAGUCAGGAAAGAAGGGUUGGUGAAGAUGAUGUUCCGUAUGCAGUCAAAGAGAUGGCAACACUCGAAGAUACUUCCAAUGUAGAUUUUGAAAUGGAAUUAGAAGAUAUGGAUAAGGAUGAGGACACGGAUGAGGAUGACGGGGGGCAGACAGGUAUUAUGCUAGAACUUAGAGAUUCACUGUCCUGGUUUAGAUUUGAACAGAAUGAUAGAAGAAGUUUCGACGCCCGUAUUGUUAAAUCUUUCCUCCAGAUACAAAAUUUAUCCGAAAGUCAGACUUAUUCGUCAUUGAUCCCAGCUCAUUCGCGCGUGAUAUUCGUAUACUUGCAUUCCAAUUACGAGAACAUUGAAAACCUUCGCAACGGCUCAGAUAAAACUCAUCACCUCCGUCUCACGCUUGCUCUGACAGCCCUAGUAUCAGAUUCAAUGAAACCAAAGGCUAGACUAGUUCUAAUAGCCUUAGGAUUUCUGACAAAUAAGAUGUACAGUAAUACGCAAGCUCCAACAUUGUUCGAUAUUCAGCUGUCGGCCGCUGCAGCUUGGUAUUUGGCGGAAGCUAAUAAGGAGUAUAUCACAAUGAAAACCCACAGGAAACAUGCUCGUGGAACUGACUACACUCGUGGAAACUUGUAUACAGCCACAGUGAACCAGAAAUGGUCCCCAAUAGGAUUCGCAGCUACACAGUUGUAUGAUAUGGAGACCGGAAGUGCAUUUGACCGGGAAACAUGUGAACGCAACAUCGAAAAAAUGAUCAAGAAUGACAGAGACAUCGACUACAUGGAGUGGCUCAAUUUGGCAAGCAAAUGUCGAGAAGAAGGGAAAGAUCUUCUUGAAAAGUUCUCGCUGGGAAUGGCCACUCAGACGGCACUGGUUGAUAAUGCCGACGAGCUUUUGGUUUGCUAUGGGUCUUCUCAAAAGGCAAACAAAUAUGUUCCUGUCAACCCUUCGAUUUUCACGAAAAUGAGCGACUACAUCAUCGCGGGUUUUGGUCAAACGAACAGCCAAGACCGAAAAACCCAAGUAAUUUCCUAUCUUCAAUCUUCACUCGAGAAUAAAUUAAAUAGAGUGAGAGCCCGAUACAACGCGAAAUUUGGAAAAUCCCAAAGUGAGCAAGCAGCGAUUUGGCUACAUGAUGAACUAAUGCAGGGAGAGGCAUCAGAAUUGAAAUCACAUCCCCUGAACUUCAAUUCGAGCAAUGUUAGUGGCGAAGACGCUCCCAACUUCAGCGGAACUCCCAAUUACGACGGAUCUGGAGACGAUGUCGACAACAGCAUUGAUAUUGAAGGCUGCUAA